AUGGUGAGAAUAACAGAUAAGAGACAAUCCAAACAAGAACGGGGUGGAAGGUUAGAUCACCGGCAAAGAUCUCGUUCAUCGGGUCGCAAGACGUUCGAGUUUGAAAUCAGAGGGAUAUUGGAUCGUGAAACCAUCGUGUCUGCUGAGAUAGUUCUUUACAAACGCCAAUCAAGAACAUCGUCUUGGGAACCUAUACCAUCAGAAGACAAACGAGCCAUUAUUGAAGUCUACCACGUGUACAGAUUAGAGAGGAAAGGUGACGUGAGGAGACGAAAGACCCUUGUUGAUCAGAGAAUAAUCCAUUUGUCAUAUUCAGGAUUAUUACAAUUUAACGUCACAUCGGCGUUCUUAAACAAAGCACAAAGUGUAAGACUAACUAGUGACAACACGAGUGUCAUGACGAGAACAUUCGAAGUCAAAGUCAGAGCGCGAAGCGCACUCAUUAAAAGAAUGGUGCGGUUUAUUAAAUUUCCCGCCGAUAACAGGCCGGAAAAGCAGCCCCUUUUGGUGUUGUAUCUUAAUGACAAUAUGAUACAGAGGCGGGACAUUGCAAUGCCUCUUGGGACAGAAGGUGUGGUGGCACCCCGGAGGUCAUCCAUGAACAGACUCGCAACACAUUCAGAUUUUACCGCGUCAAACAGAUUAGAGACGCGGUUACAAAACAGCAUAGAAUUAGAGAGGCGGUUGGAAGUAGCCGCCGCGGUAGAGGAAAACUCAAGAACUGAUAACAGCGGAGUGGGUAGGGAGCAUAAGGCUUUAAGGAGGAAACGGAGGGCCGAGAAUCGAGCUUCGGGGAGACCCGGGAGGACCAAAUGUCAGCUGGAACAGUAUGAAGUCAAUUUUGAAGAUAUCGGGUGGACAACGUGGAUCGUAGCUCCUCGAACUUACCACAGUAAUUUCUGCGAAGGGUACUGUCCGUUCCCUCUCGACUCUCACUUCAACGGGACCAACCACGCCGCCGUGCAAGCCAUACUCCACACACGAAAGAUGAAACGAAGAGAUGGUAGGCGGAUCCCAAGCCCGUGUUGCGUACCGAACAGUUUCACCGGUCUCUCAGUGCUCUACUUGAACAACGAGAAGAACGUGGUCAUCAAGGAUUUCGAGCAGAUGGUCGCCACAAGCUGCGGAUGUCACUGAUGGUGGUGGGUGAUGCCUGCCAACCAGGGGCGGCGCCAGGGUAUUUUGAGAGGGCAGUGGGUGGGGGCAGGUAAGCCGACCUGUAAGAGGUGGUGCCAUGUUUGUCUCUUUAAAAUGACUUGGGGAACACGAGCCAGACCUUUCCUUUUGAUACUCUUCUAUAUUCCCUUUUCUUCCGCCUUUCUCCCUUUUCCCUUCACUACUUGAAAAAGCAGAGGGCCUGUCGCCCCUGCCCUUCCUUUUCUGCCGCCCUUGAAACUACCCUAAAAGCUCCACCGGUAGUAGUUCAUCUGCUUCUCCCAGUGCUACCUGGAGGCGGAAGUGUGAGACAAGCGGAUGAUUAUACGAGGGCUAUGAAGCGAUCAGUGGACUUUUUUCAAAGUGCAGAACUGCAGAACCAAGACUUGUACCGAAAGAUGGUAUCACUGUACAAUGAACGGGUUUUCGAAAGAAGUGUUUUAAAAUUACCCACCGAUUUAACGUGGUUAGCUGACGUAGACAGUACAGGAUCGAGACAUACCGGUGAAAUAUUAGUGUAUUAGUGUAAUGGUCUAAUUGGUAUUGUAGUGCACAGAUUAGGAAAUCUCCUAGCUAGAAGUUGGUGUCACAAAUGUUGCAUCUAACUGAGACGGUGUACCAAUGGUACUAUCUAUGUUUAGACGGAUCAUGGUCUCUAGACUUGGUGCCGAAUCUGCUGGCUCUCUCGUGCACAUCAAAUGUGAAAACAUCGGUGCCAUUUUGUGGAUAUAUGACAUGUUUAUCAAUGUUACAAAAAGAGUCUAUAUCAAACGGGUAUAUACAUUAUUGUAAGUCGAGUGACCAAUGAUAUAUUGGUUUCCACGUGGAUAAAACUGCAGUGAUCCAUGUGACUAAAUACAAUGACCAAAAAUAAAAGACCCCGAAUUCCAUUCACCAUUUUGACCAAACCAAUCACGUUCAUCCAAUUAAUAAGCUGCUGGAAGAUAUCCAUUAGCCUCCCUCCCCUCAAAACUCUGCCAAAUCUGAAUUCAAAGUUCUUUAAUAAUGUAACCCCCCCUUCCUGGAAAGUGUUCUAAAACUGUCUAAUAUGACAAAUUCUUACCCCAUUGGACGUGGGGUUGAGGGUGGGGUGGGUGGUUGGCUGGGAGGGGGGGGGGGGUGGCGUCACAUAAUUCAGUUAACGGGCGCGACCCCAAGACGUAAAACGGGUUGUUUCCGAGUUAAGAAGUGAUACGCACAUGACGCGUAAAUGGUGUCAGAAACUGCUUAAAUAAUACAAUAUGAGACUUUUAUUGUGAAAGCUGCCCAACUUGUUAAAAGCUUGUCGCAUCUCAUCAGGAGUCCUGGAAGUGACGUAGGCCUACGUUUCUCCGUUAAAAUUCGAAUUGUAUUGUUUUCCUCUUUCAGGUUUGUUUAAUAUGCAGUACUUUUAUUCAAAUAUUUCAAUCAGGGGCGGAUCAAGGAUUUUCCAAAUGGGUGACAUUCUGUACAUAAUAAUUUUGACAAAAGAGGCAGUCUUCACUACCAAAUGAGGUCAUUUUGUUCCAGGCAAAAUUUGACAAGAAUAAAAAACCUCACUUGUGUAUGUAUCACAUAUUCCCCCCCUUUUUUUUGGGGGGGGGGGGGGUGCCUCUAAUGGGGGGGGGGGGACGGGUCGGAUGUGACCCCCACCUGGAUCCACCAAUGAUUCAAUUUUAUUCAACACAAAUCG